AUGAAGUCGUCUACUCUGCGCACCAAAAGGCCACUCGAAGAGGCAGACAUCAACAUGCCGUACACGUCUACACCACCACCACCACCAAAAAGGCGGCUAGAUUCACUUGCAACAGCAACCACGGCGCCAGCCAAAUCUCUCGAUGAUAACAAUUUUUUUGAAUCUAGAUUGCCAAAACCUGGCUCAACAACAAAGUCAACAACAAAGGCGUCGCUGUUGGUGAAUGACUCUGCCACCGCCACCGCCAACCAACACUUUUUGCAUCCACCUGCUACUCGAGACUACCACCAGAGGAUCCUCCUGCUACAAGAUCGUCUAUCCAAGAAAGCAUCAUCGACGGCAAGUAGCGCCCCAGGUUUGCCGCGCCGGUCGCUGCUUCCAAGCCAAGGAACGCACUUGCGGAGCCACUCGAGCACUGCUUUAAACGAUAGUUAUUUGGCAUUAUGUGAACGGCACCAAGAAAAACAGCGGGAAAUUGACAUGCUCAAUGACGAGCUUCAGAAGCUACGUCGGAUUUAUCGCAACUAUGUGCACAAGGUUGAUAUCAUACAGGAUGAAAUGCGCGAUGCUGAGCUCAAGUUUAAAGAUAUGGAGGAAACCAUUGUCAAAAAUGUCGAGUACGAAGAACAUAUGAUUGAUAUUAAAUUGGAGCAAAAUCGCAUCAAGUUGGACAAUCAGUUUAGGGAGUUGGAGUUUGAAAUGCUUCAAGAAUUGGACGAAGCAAAGAAAUUUGAUUUUGGUGCCUUGAAUCGCCAGAUUGAAGAUUUGAAACAGGAGAGCAGGGCAGUUUGCGAAAAAGUGAAAACACAGGAAAUGGCGAAUGAAGUAAAGUACAAGGAGCAAGCUGAUCGAAUUCUGAUGGAGUCUGGCCAAAAGCUAGAAGAACUAAAGUUUCAAGUGCGAGAAUCACAAUCGCGUUUGGACUUGAAACAAAAGGAGCAUGAACGAGCUGCGAAUGGAAACAAAGAAGCUCAAGAUAUGUUGAACUUGGCACGGAUUGAAGUCGAUGAGAAGAAAAAAUUGAUUAGAAUAACGGAGGAAAAAUUAAGCAAUUUCCAUCAACUUCGCAAAAACUUGGCGUCGGAGCUCAACGAGGUGCAAGCUGCAUUGGAGAACAAGUUGCAAGAAUCACAACGAGAGCAAGCUGAAUUCGACAAGGUCAAAGCAACAUACGACGAAAUGGCCUGCAAAAUCAAAAGACACGAUGAACAUCGACGGAUCUUAGAAAACUCGAUAAUGGACUAUCAGCAGAAGAUUCGAGUCUAUGCAUUUGUUUCACCCGAUGUGGGACACAUCGAGGAGUCCCGUUAUUUCAGCAAGGUGUUUGCACCAGACACCCCCAUGUCCUUUGUAAUGGACGAGUUUACCCAUUUAAUGACGGGGGUCAUGCGUGGAACUAACGUGUCCAUCAUAAGCCAGUCUCUUCCGGGAAACGUCAUUGCCAAAAGAGCAAUAAACGAAUUACGUGGGUUUCGAGAUUCAAAGAUGCAAAAUUGGGAUAUAAAGCUUGGAUAUCAGAGUGGAACGUUGGACAAGAUUAUUGAUUCUUUAGGGCCAGGUGAGUUUCUUCACAACUGCGGGGUUGAUAUUGAUGCAUUAAGUUUGGACCAAGUGAGCCAAAAUAUAUCUGAGCCACACACAGAUGAACCCGUCGUCCAUUUCAUCGUUGCUAGUGGAGUCAAAGAACAGGUCAAGUUUGAAUCAAAGCUUUUGGUGUUGGACAUAUGCGCCGUUUCAAGUCGAUCACAAUUGGAAAUAUUGAAAACCGUUAAUUCCUUAACGCCAACAGAGUUGCCAAAAAAUAAUAGUCUCUCCACGCUAAUAGUAUGGAUGCUCGUCAAGUCCAAAAUGCUCAUACUAUCCAAGCCCACUGAUAGGGAAAUGAGCAACGUACUCAAAUCACUCAGCUCUACUUCUAUUGCAUGUAUAAAAAAGUGGGAAACCAAAUAG